AUGAUUGAGGAAGUCUUGCAAACAAAGAGAACUCUCAUUGUUCUUGAUGACAUUGUUGAUCAUAAGCAAUUAGUUGCUCUUCUGGGAACAGGGAAGAUUAAUGCACAAAGCAAAAUUAUAAUUACAACCAGGGAAAAUACAGAUACCUGGUUUGACCAUUCAUAUUGGACGUGUCAGAAGUAUGAAAUGAGAUUAUUGAAUGAUGAUGAAUCACAAGAGCUAUUAAGUCCUCAUGCAUUUGGGUCCAAAAUUCCCAUGGCGGGCUUUAAGGAGCUUAUACUACAAGCAGUACAAUAUUGUGAUGGAAAUCCUCUAGCUCUUGAAGUUUUAGGCUCAUCUCUAUUCAAGAACAAUACCAUCUCACAUCGGAAAAGUCAAUUGAAUUUAUUGGAAAAAGAUAUAGAUUCUCGACCUCAUGGUGUACUUGUUAGGAGCUACAUGUCAUUGCCAUAUAACUCUGAAAAAGAGUUGUUUUUGCAUAUCGCUUGUUUCUUUAUAGGCAAAGACAUGGAUUAUGUGAUGUCUUCUUUCUGUUUCACCAAACAAAAAGCUCAUGAUGCACAUAUGCUUCAAGAUAUGGGGAAAAACAUAGUCUGUCAAGUAUCGAUAAAAUCCCCUGCAAAGCGUAGUAGAGUUUGGCUUAAUAUAGACACAUAUAAGAUAUUGAGUAAAGGAAAGGGUUCUAAAAUGGUAGAAGAUUUAGCACUAGAUAUGCAAGUGCUGUUGGAAGAGAAUAUUGCAUUCAAGGUAAUUGAAAAUAACUAA